AUGAGAAAAAUAGAUCCCUAUCCUUAAAAUUAAUUUGAAUUUACUAAAGAUGAUCAAUAAAAUAAUUUACAAUCUAAGAAAUCGGCUUCAACUCAAAAAACUAUUAAUCCUCAUUAAUUUUAAGAAUUUUACAUUGAAAUUACACCUACAACUGUUUAAUAAGUAACUAAUGAAUUAAGCUUAUCUAUUUUACAAGGAAUAGAUCAAGAAAAAGAUCUCAUUUAUGUUCGUUUUGCUGAUAUUGGCGGUCAUUGCAUUGAUCUUAUAAAUAUGCGCUUAAUUAAUACUCUUAAUGGAAAAUCUAGACAGAUUUAUUAUGAAGUACCUUAAGGAAGAAAAUUGAUAAGAUUAAAUCAUAAAGCUUAAAUUUCACCAUAAAUUUCCAAUUCUAAACUAAUUUAUACAUAAUUUUAUUGGUUUGAAAAGGACAACUCCAAAUUUAAACUUUUGCAACCAUGUAUUAGUGAUAUCAUUGAAAAUUUAUAUCAAACUUAUUGCUAGACUAGUAGAUGUAUUUAUGAAUUCACUUAGUAAUAACAUAGAUUCAUUGUCGAUUUUAAAUAAAAUACUCUAGAAAAUACAAAUACAUUAAAAAUCAAUCAUAUUUAAAGGAGAAAUAUUAAGAAACCUUAUUAAGAGAUUCCUAAAAAACCUAUUAGUAGAGGAGCCUUAAAAGAAAUUGUGUGGUAAUACUAAUUAUAACCAAAAUCAUAUGAAUGGAAUAAUUAUGAUGAACAAAAUAAAGAUGGUUUAGAAAAAGCAUAUUAAAAAUACUGUAAAAACUCAUAAAAAGCUAACACUUUAAAUGUAAUAAGAAAUACUUCUAAAUACUAUAUAGAUUUUGAUAAGAUGAUUGAAUACAAUUUGUUUACUAAAGAAUCUCGAUAAAUUCGUAGAUUUCUUUAAGAAGGUUGA